AGGGGAUUGAAGCACUGAAGGCUUGUGUGGACAAACAACUACCGCUUAAUUUCGAUCAAGUCAGUUUUGAAAUUCCAUCGAGGUAGUUGUUUACUCCCAAUCAACGUUGCGAAUUUGGUAUACAACCUUGACUGCGGUCUCCAUCGAGAAAAAAUGAAGGCGGCGAUAAUUUUAUCACUGACGAUAUCGCUGGCGUUUGGACAAGCCGUCAACGACACUACCAGAAGAUUGGUGGAUCAGGUGUUUCCUGGAAGGACUGGGAAUGACAUAGCUCCCCCUGGUUUUGAAGAAGUCACCACAAAAUCGGGGGGCAGUCUCGGAGCCCUUCAGAGAUGCGGAGAAGGUUCCGAUCAAGGUGUUCAUAUCUGCGUGUCCUAUCACAUGUGCGAUGGAAAGACAAAGACGGUUGUACAAACAGGAGUUACGGAUGGAUUCGGAAUUAUUGACAUAAGAUUCGGUGAAAACAGCUGCCCCCACCCCCUAGAAGUGUGUUGUGGACUCCCCGAAGGAGGGCUGGACCCGAAACUCCCCCUUCCAGUUACUGAAGUACCCACUCCCCCUACAGUUCCCCCAGUCACCCCAACAGCGACUCCCUUCCCCGAUAACCCCGUCACUCCCCAAUCUCCCAGCUACUGCGGCUUGAGGAACCCCAACGGAAUCGAUUUCAAGAUCGAAGGAGCCAGAGAUCACGAAGCGGAGUACGGGGAGUUCCCCUGGAUGGCGGCCAUUUUGAACAGGAACCUGAAUCCGUCUCUGGAUCCGAACUACUUGAUGUGCGGGGGGUCGCUGAUCACUCCCAAGGUAGUUCUCACUGGAGCCCAUUGCGUGAACAAGGCCUCAACUGGAGAUCUAACUGUGAGACUAGGAGAAUGGGACACCCAAACCACCAGGGAAAGACUUCCAUAUCAGGAGAGAGGCGUCAUCAACAUUUUGUCUCGCAACGACUUCAAUCCUGGCACACUCUUCAACGACGUAGCCUUAUUGGUUCUGGAUCGACCUGUGAAUGGAGCUGAUAAUGUUGGAACGAUUUGCUUACCUGUGCAAGGAGAGAGAAUCAACUCCAAGAAUUGCUUUGUCAGCGGAUGGGGAAAAGACGUUUUCGGUAAACAAGGAAGAUCCCAAGCGAUUCUAAAAAAAAUUGAGUUGCCAAUCGUUCCUCGACAGGCAUGUCAAACAGCUCUGAGGGGUACUCGGCUAGGAAAAGACUUCAAUCUGCACAAGAGUUUCAUAUGUGCGGGAGGGGAGCAAGGAAAAGAUGCCUGUACUGGCGAUGGUGGUAGUCCGCUGGUUUGUCCGGAUCCCAACAACCCUAGCAGGUACGUACAGGCUGGAAUAGUCGGAUGGGGAAUAGGUUGCGGGACUGUUGGAGUUCCAGGAGUAUAUGCUGACGUUGCUAAGUUUAGGUCAUGGAUUGACGAGCAGAUGGAAAGACUGAAUUUAGACACUGCACCUUAUAACGUGUAGUAUUGACAUUAUGAUAUAAUUUUUCUAAAUAAAUGAUUUCUUCACAA